GAUUGAUCGACUGAUGGAGAAGUUUGCUAGCAGAUACUGCGAAUGCAAUCCACAGAAUCAGCUAUUCCAGAGCGCGGACACAGUUUAUGUGCUAGCCUUUAGCAUUAUUAUGCUGACCACGGAUCUUCAUUCCCCGCAGGUCAAGCACAAAAUGACCAAGGAGCAGUACAUUAAAAUGAAUCGCGGCAUUAGUGACAGCAAAGAUGAUCUGCCCGAAGAAUAUUUGUCUUCUAUAUACGAUGAAAUUUCCGAGCAUGAGAUUAAAAUGAAGAAUAAUACCACAAUGCUCAUAGCACCAAAGCCCGCGGGAAAGCAGCCCUUCAUUACGGAGAAGCGACGCAAACUGCUGUGGAACAUGGAAAUGGAGGUCAUCUCCCUGACGGCUACCAAUCUGAUGCAGUCUGUAUCGCAUGUGAAAUCGCCGUUUACAUCGGCCAAGCAUCUGGAGCAUGUGCGUCCAAUGUUCAAAAUGGCCUGGACACCAUUUCUGGCCGCCUUUUCUGUGGGCCUGCAGGUCUGCGAUGAUCCAGAGAUAGCUACUCUCUGUCUGGACGGCAUACGCUGUGCAAUUCGAAUUGCGUGCAUUUUCCACAUGUCUCUGGAACGGGAUGCCUAUGUUCAGGCGCUGGCACGCUUCACCUUAUUGAACGCCAAUUCGCCAAUUAAUGAGAUGAAGGCCAAGAAUAUAGAUACCAUUAAGACGCUCAUCAUGGUCGCCCAUACCGAUGGCAAUUAUCUAGGCAGUAGCUGGCUAGACAUAGUCAAGUGCAUUAGCCAGCUGGAGCUGGCGCAGCUCAUUGGCACUGGAGUGCGGCCGCAGUUUUUGUCUGGCGCACAAACCACGCUCAAGGAUACGCUCAAUCCUAGCGUCAAGGAGCACAUUGGCGAGACGAGCAGCCAGAGCGUUGUUGUGGCUGUCGACCGCAUCUUUACUGGGUCCAUGCGUCUCGAUGGCGAUGCGAUUGUGGACUUUGUGAGGGCACUAUGCCAGGUGUCUGUGGAUGAACUGCAGCAGACACAGCCGCGAAUGUUCUCGCUUCAGAAAAUCGUCGAGAUUAGCUACUACAACAUGGAGCGUAUUCGUUUGCAAUGGUCACGCAUCUGGCAGGUGCUUGGCGAGCACUUCAAUACCGUCGGCUGCAAUAGCAACGAGGAGAUUGCAUUCUUCGCUUUGGACUCACUGCGUCAGCUAUCCAUGAAGUUUAUGGAGAAGGGCGAAUUCAGCAACUUUCGUUUCCAAAAGGAUUUUCUACGUCCCUUCGAGCACAUCAUGAAAAAGAACAAUUCGCCGGCCAUACGCGACAUGGUCGUGCGCUGCAUUGCUCAGAUGGUCAACUCUCAAGCUCAUAAUAUAAGAUCUGGCUGGAAGAACAUCUUCUCUAUAUUUCACCUAGCUGCCGGGGAUCAUGAGGAGCCAAUUGUGGAGCUGGCGUUCCAGACAACGGGCAAAAUCAUUGGCGAGCUCUAUCGGCGACAAUUUGCCGUUAUGGUGGACUCUUUCCAGGAUGCCGUCAAGUGCCUGUCAGAGUUUGCGUGCAAUGCACGCUUUCCGGACACUAGCAUGGAGGCGAUACGCCUAGUGCGUAACUGUGCCCAGUGCGUCCAUGAUGCACCCCAGCUGUUUGCUGAGCAUGCGGGCAUGGAGAACGAUGCCUCCGUGGCGGAGGAGGAUCGGGUGUGGGUGCGCGGCUGGUUUCCCAUGCUCUUUUCGCUUUCCUGCGUUGUCAAUCGCUGCAAGCUGGAUGUCCGCACACGCGGCCUGACCGUGCUCUUCGAGAUCGUGAAAACGCAUGGCGAUAGCUUUAAGCCAAACUGGUGGAAGGAUUUGUUUAAUGUGAUCUUUCGCAUCUUCGACAAUAUGAAGCUACCGGAGCAUGUGACCGAAAAGUCCGAAUGGAUGACAACCACUUGUAAUCAUGCGCUUUAUGCAAUCAUUGAUGUCUUCACGCAGUAUUUUGAUGUGCUGGGCCAUCUGCUGCUAGAGGAACUCUUCGCCCAGUUGCACUGGUGCGUGCAGCAGAACAACGAGCAGCUGGCACGCUCCGGCACCAAUUGCCUUGAGAAUCUGGUCAUCUCGAAUGGGUUUAAGUUUAAUGAGGUCACCUGGGACAAGACCUGCCAGUGCAUACUGGACAUAUUCAAUGCAACGCUGCCCAAAGAGCUGCUCACUUGGCGGCCCAACAAGGGCACUGAUCAACAGCCACAGCAGCAGCUGCCACGCCGUGCCUCCAGUACACCACAUUCCACAAGCAGUGCGCCGCAGGAACCGACGUUUAUGGCGUUGGCGCACAAUCAGUUCGAGGCACUGCAUAUCAAGUGUGUGGUGCAGCUGGAGCUGAUACAGACCAUGGAUAAUAUUGUCUUCUUUCCGGCGACCUCGCGCAAGGAGGAUGCCGAAACGCUGGCUCAGGCGGCGGCCGAUAUGAGCGGCUGUCGUGGCGGCUCCGGGCAAUCACAACAGCUGCAACUAGAUUGCCAGCGCGAGGAACAGGGCAUGUACGGCUAUUUGCGCACACGGCAGCUCUUCACGCUCGCAGAGUGCCUGAUGCAGUCACAUCGUUUUGCCAAGUGCUUCAAUGCGGAUCAGGAUCAGCGCAAUUUAUUGUGGCGGGCGGGCUUUAAAGGCUCCGUCAAGCCGAAUCUGCUCAAGCAGGAGACCGCCUCGUUGGCCUGCGUGUUGCGCAUCUUUUUCAAAAUGUACGGCGAUGAGAAUCGACGCAGCGACUGGCCCGGCAUUGAGCAGGAGCUAGUGCAAGUCUGCAAGGAAGCGCUCGCCUACUAUCUUAGCUUGCAGAGCGAGGCGCAUCGCGAUGCGUGGACCUCACUGCUGUUGCUCAUCCUGACGCGGCUGCUCAAGAUGACCGAUGCCAGGUUUGCGACGCAUGUGUCCAACUACUACAGCCUGCUGUGCGAAAUGAUGUGCUUCGACCUCAAGCCCGAACUGAGAAGUGUCCUUAGGCGUGUCUUUAUGCGCAUCGGUCCAGUAUUCAAUAUUAUGAAUGUGAAUGUUAAUCUAAAUGUCAAAUAGUCAAGGCGCACGCACUUAACAGCGACACGGCCACUGCUACGUUGACUUGGCAAUGUUGAGAGGCAUCAACCCUUUCCACCUACCCCUUCUUACACCCACACACAUACCCCCACAACCAACUGGUUACCCACUAGUUAUCCAUAUCCUGGCUUUGUUGUUACGUUGUUUAGUUGUCAUUUUUGGCCCCAUCCGCCGCAAGCAGAGUUUAUAUUUUAUUAUAUUUAUAUACAUAAAUGUAUACAUUUAUGCGAUCGUAAUGUUUAUACCUAGGUUUAAACAAAAUGUUGUUGUUUUUUACCAUGUUUACACAUACACACACUCAUGCUGGGUGUGUGUAUGUGUGUGUGUGCGUGCGCGCGCGCCCGCUAAAUGCUUUAAAGUGUAUGUGAAUCGGUUUACGUGACACAUACAUAUAUAUGUGUUUUAUAACCUAUAGUUUAACCUUUUCUUUCUGGCAAACGCAAAAUUCUUUGGUGUAACCAUUCAUUUAAUCCACUAUUAUUAUAUAUUAUCUAUCUAUUAUUGUAUAGCAUAAAUAAUGAUAAAUCAUAUGCUACACUUUGGCCUGUAUAUUGCUAGUUUUAAUUUAAAUCAAAUUAUAUAUUACAAAUAUAUCUAUUACAGCAAUAAGAA